ACGAACGCCUGCUUGAAUCAUUCACAUCCGAACCAUGACAUCAAGCCGACGCCAAUCGGAAGACUACAGCCUUAUCGGUAGAGGAGACAUCAGGUACGAAUUGGACAAGGACUACUGGGCCCGUGAAGUGGGAACCCCGGCUCCGUAUGAUCCAGUUCCCUACGUUCCUACUCGGAAGAGUUCAUCUGUCGGACAGGAAGAACCGGAGAAGCCGACCUUAACGACAGGCGCGGUCACUGGAAUCAUAGCUACCAUGUUGACGUGCUGUGCGAUCGCCGGAUUCAUAGCGGCCAUUUUCUAUGGUAUGGGAGGGAAUAGUGAACAGGAGACAGAAGUGCCGGGAAUUCCACCGGCACCGUCAUCACCUAAUUCUGGCACCGUGAAUGACGGUGAACUCGCCGAGCUGGAACGUACCACAACCAGCUCCCCCGACAAUAUCCCUCCUGUCGAUGAUGAACCUCCUGAGGUCUUUCCUACCGCCGAACGUCCCAGAACCACAAGUACACUUAACGAGCCAACUACACCUGUCCCAACGUCAUCAGGAUCAGCUUUCCCGACGUCAUCAGCACCACCUAUCCCCACAACACCGACUACACCGGAUCUACCAACGUCCACAACGCCUGCUCCAGCAAGUCAUGUACAGGAAUUUUCGUGUGGCCGCCUCUACUACCGAACCUUUUACAUGGACCGCAAGCGGGAGGUCCUUUUCGUGGGCGGAAUGGAUAAGGUGUUCCGACUCAACUUGAAUAGCAUCAACGGAACCAAGUGCGACGGUCGAACGCUUACGGCCAACGCAGCCGCUGUCACCUCAUGUGCCACAAGGGUCACCAGAGUGGACUAUGAAUGCAAGAAUUAUAUCAAGGUGAUCCAGCCCAUAGGUGAUGGCAGCAAACUCUACAUCUGUGGAACCAACGCAAACAACCCGAUGGACUUGGAAAUUUAUAGCGACAAUCUCAUGGAUGUACCCAAAGAGCAUCUGACGUUAAGUGACAUUGGAACCGGCCAGGGAAAAUGCCCCUAUCAUCCAGAUGACAAUUCAACUGCCAUAUGGGUUGAAAAGGGGAACCCAGACGAUCUACCUGGUAUCUACAGUGGUACAGCUGCUUCGUCCACCAAUACAAUCUAUGUCAUCUACCGCUCCAAACUGAACCAGAAUGGUAUCAUACAUGGAUACAUGACAACGAUACAGUACGAGUCCACGUGGCUGAAUAGACCCCACUUCGUUGCAUCUUUCGACACUGACGAUCACGUUUACUACUUCUUCCGCGAGAACGCUAUUGAGUACAGCAACUGCGGAGUGGUCAUCUACUCCAGAGUUGCUAGGGUGUGUAAGAGAGACACUGGUCACAGCCUGAAUACCUAUAAACAUACUUGGACGACAUUCCUCAAGGCAAGACUUAACUGUUCCAUUCCCGGAGAAUAUCCAUUCUACUUCAACGAAAUUCAAAGCGUUUACAAGUCUCCAGAUGACGGUGACCACAUCUACGCCGUGUUCACAACAUCGCUUCAGGGAGGACCCUAUGCAUCUGCCGUCUGCUCGUUCCACUUAAGUGACAUCCAAGACGUAUUUGCCGGAAAAUUCAAAGGACAGAAAUCGUCAGAACAUGCUUGGCUGCCCGUUAGGACAAGCGAAGUUCCGAAGCCUAGACCGGGACUCUGCCAAAACAACACCAAGGACAUUUUAGAUAUCGCGUUCUUCUUCAUCCGCAAUCACCCACUGAUGGACAGUGCAGUGCCUCAGUCCGUGCCACACAAGGCGGCUGGACCAGUCUUCUACAGAGAGAACGUUGUCUUCCUGUCCCUGGCCGUGCACAAGGUCAAUGUAGAUGGCAUGGAUUAUUCUGUCUACUACAUCGGGACGCGCGAUGGCCUCGUUUAUAAAGUGGUGGAGUGGAAGAUUAACCCUGGAAACACGUUAUCUGAUCUGAUAGAUGUCUUUGAAGCAAGUCAUGGGGAACCCAUUCGAACCAUGGAUAUCUCUAGUGUGCACAAGUCGCUGUACGUCGGAUCGGACGAUGCAGUACGUCAGUUCUCCUUGUACAUGUGCAGAGCUCGGCACUUGAGCUGUGUGCGCUGCAUUCGUGAUCCUUACUGUGGCUGGGAUGAGGACCACAACGAGUGUAAGCCCUAUAUCCAUGGGUACCUUCAGGAUGUGACAAAGAGUACACCCGGAAUAUGUGAGAAGAGCGUUCAACUGAAGCAAAUCCACGCCUACAGGGGUGAGAGUGUAUACUUGUCUUGCAAAGCACAUCAUCCAGCCUUCCUGGAGCCACCGGGUAGCAUCAGCUUCUUGCCUUCAAACCGACCACAGACGCUGGAAUGGAUUCAUUAUAGCACGAACGGACGGCGCGUCGUCCUGCCAAAACCGGAGAAAUUUGUACACAGCCAGGACCAUGCCCUCGUGGUGAUGGCAUUAAUAGAGAGCGACGCUGGGCGCUACGAUCUGCAUCUGGACCCUGUUGGAACACUUUGUAGCUACAAUAUAACUGUGAACUAGUAAUUUUUGUUUAAUAGUCUUGUUGCUAUGAGCAUUUUUUCA